AUGGGCCACGUUACAGUUAUCCCACCUUCUUCCCAGGUAGUCGGAUACGGAGGUGUUGAUUGGCAUCUCUCAGCCGACAUAGAGUCGGACAUCACAACCCUAGCCGCUAUAUGCCAAGUCAACCAACCACAGCGUACUCCCCUUGGUGCAGGAAAAGAAGAAAAAAUCCACGACGAUUACAGCGGAGGGGACGAACGAGCGUCCAUCCGUGAUGGCUCUUCGACCAACGUUAACGCUUGUUUGACAGGGGACGAUACCAAGUCUAUUAAGAUGGUAUUUCUCGAUCGACUGGCUGAGCUACUAUGCUAUAAAAAACAUGCACACUAUGUGACUUGCACCUCCUUGCUCGAAGGACAAGACGAAAUUACUAUUUUUGCGGCACGAAAUGCAACCUGGGAAGAGAAGGAUCGUGAACUCCUAGAGAGCUUGGCGAAUAUGCUGGAACUGAUUGCCACAGGACUUCAAAAUGGAUUCAUCCCAGACGCAGACGAAGACAACUGGAUAUUCCUUGGCUUCUGUACAGCUCGAAACAAUGAUGAAGUGCGACAGAUAGUAUAUCUGUACCGAGCGCUCCUCGGGAAGUGUGAAUUUGAAGAGUUUUGGAUGGCCAUGGAAGGGUCUAGCAUGGUCGACCUAUUCAAGAAAAACGGACUUGGCCAUGCAGUCACCGGGCUGCGUAAUUUCGAAGCCCUCAUGAGUAUCGUCAGCAAGUGGUACCAGAGUGUCUGGGAAUUGAAGCGGUUUACUCGUCUGCAACCUCGAGAUCCUAUGCGAGUUGUCGUCGAAGACUAUGGGUUCUGUAACUGCCAAACGCCACAGGAGCGAAUAGAACUCCAACGAAUAUACACGAAGUUCUUCGCUCAGGGGGGAGAUGCAAUGGCCCUCCACGAGGCCUGUAUUAAGGGCCAGUUGAAACAAUUCUUGGAGUCGGAACUGGGGGAUCUUCCCUUUCCGGCUGAGUUAGUGUCGAAUCCUUAUCCUUUAAAACGGUGUGAAUACAUGGGUAUGGUUGUUGGGACUGCGCUUCUUUGUGCGGAGUCAAUGUACGAAAAAGUGAUGAGCUUGCAGAAGGAGACAGUGGGAAAGGGAAUGAUAUUGACUUUCCCUGAUGAGUAUGAUGAGAGUUUUCGCGAGGGUUUCAAAAAACGAGCGGAGUUCUUGAGACAAGGUCUAACAAUCCGAACAACUAGUGUUCAGGGAGAGAAUAUAAUAAGCAUAUCUGGGCUGUAG